GAACCGUCCAACCUCAUGCAGAACUCAGAGAAACCACCGAAUGAACCUGCGGGUGCACAGAUGGAAAGGGAUUCCUAUGAUUUGCCGUCACAUGACGCUCUCUCAAAGAUACUGCCAGUGUAUCUUCACCUCCUCAAAAAGCCUAAAACUCAGACCAGGACAGAAUCUGUAUCACAGAAAAAGUCUCAGCUCAACCGAACAUUUGAUGUUCAUUCACCUCUCAAAAGUCCACCAAUACCUGAUUUUGAAGAUGACCCUCAUGCAGGUGAAGUCACUGAACAUCAAACUAAAGAGCUGGAAAACUAUCGCAUGGUGAUGCAUAAGAUGGCAGAUGACAUCGUGGCGCUGCGCUCUCAGGUGAGCACGCUGGAGUCUGAGAACAGUCAGCUGCGGCGGGACCUGUCCCUGAAUCAGGACCUCACCCUGCUGGACGACACCGACACUGACGUCAUGACCAAGACCAAGAUUGCUGACUGGAUCGCCUCUCUGAAGUUCAAGCUGUCCAGUGAAAGCAGCAAAGCAGCUGCCCAGAAGGACAGAAUCCAACAUCUUCAAAAUGAGCUCAUCAGGAAGAGCGACAUUGAGAAAGAGUUUGUCCAGCUGCAAAGAGCACAUCAACAGCAGCAAGCUGUGCUAAAGAAAUAUCAGGCCCGUAGUGGUAAAAUAUCUGCACUGGAGGAUACAGUUCGCCAACAGGAAAAGACUUUGCUCACUUAUGUGGUUCCUUUCUCAGACAGCGAGAAGCUGGAGUUAUUGACACAGCUAGCGAGAGCUGGGGGUCGAAUCCGGACACUGGAACAACAGCUGAAAGAGAACUCCAGACAGUGGGGGAAAGAAAAACAAGAGAUGUUGACCAGACUCAGUGAAUAUGAACAUAGAUUCGCUCGAACAUCAACCAUGAUUCUUCAUGAUCUACCUGUGAAAAGUUUGACUGAUUCUGUACUUGGACAUACUCUACACAGGCAACUGGAACCUCUGAAGUGA